UACAACAUAUACUGUUGUUAAAUUUUUACACGCAGGGGUUCGUUCAUGUAGGUUCAGCUGUGCUUAUGGUACUGAAAUAAAUUCAUUGUUAUAGCAGUCGAUGUUGAUGACAUUUUUGAUUUUCCAAGUAUGUCGGCAAACUCAUUCCUGUAUGCAGCUGUUCUACUGCAAGUUCUUGCAUACGCUAUUGCCGACGACUACUUUGAUGGCCCAGAAAACGACGAUGUCCACGAUGACUGGGAAAGCCGGGUGGAUCAAGCGACACUACGGGAUCAUUUGCUGCAUCUCAAUGUGCGAAAGCCAAUAAAUGAUGAUAUCCUAUAUGGAGAUGGAGCCAGCAGUAUCUCGUCAACAGCAGCAGCAAAUCCCAGCCGAAAGAACGGAUCGAACACUUUGUGGCCAUACGGACGACUUCCUUAUAUAAUAAGCGACGAAUAUGAUGUGAAUAGCAAAUUAAUGAUCAAAGAAGCCAUGGAUUGAAAUUGAACACCAGGUUCCCGUUAACUGCAUUACGUUUACGGAACGAACAAACGAAGCUAACUAUCUACACUUCCAGCCUCCGCCAAAGACAAAUUUGGGCGUUAGCGGUUGUUCGUCCUAUGUGGGAAUGUGGGGCGGAGAGCAGCAAGUUUACUUGGAUCCAGAAGAAUGCAUGACGACAGGAAUCAUACAACACGAAAUCCUUCAUGCUCUCGGCCUUCACCACGAACACAGUCGACCGGAUCGGAAUGCCAGUAUAACAGUUCAGUGGGAGAAUAUUCAAGAAAACCGGAAAACAAAUUUUCGCGUAAUUCCCGAAAUGCGAACAUUCGGAACGGAAUACGAUCUUGAUUCACUCAUGCAUUAUGGAUUGUAUGAUUUUUCCCGAUCCAUAGCUGAUCGCCUGGCCGUUAUCGUACCGAAGCAUGGAAGCGGGCACCGAUUAGGGCAGCGGAAGGGACUCAGUGUGCGCGAUAUCGCGAAGCUGCGGAACGCCUACAACUGCCAGCCGCGGCGAGACGGACUAUACGAUCCUAAUUUGAUUGAUCUACCGAAUUUUUCCGCGGAUCCACUACCAUACGACGCGUGCAUGCUGCAGUUUAAUCAGCAGUGUAGCCGGUUCGAUGAUUCACCCGAAGAGUGCAGAAAUAUAACACAUGCCGGAUUAGUCAUCAACUGUAAAGGAGACUACGCCCCCGUGCGCAGCAUGGCUCAAGCCAUGGGACAAUACGGAAUGUACGCCAUCUGGGUGCUAUUGCGGGAGAGAUUGAUAGACUAACCAGGUCGUGCAUCUGUCCAUAAAAUCCUGUAAAUCACGAAGCGUAGCUAGCAAACUACCCAGCCUGAGUUUUACUAAUCUCUUGUCACUGGAUUUUUCUGGAUGUAAGCAACUGUUGAUCCGGAAAGCGGAUUUUCACAGUUCCGAGAAACUGCGGACGAUAAAUUUUCUGGACUGCACUUUCUCGCAUCUGGAAGAAGGCACUUUCGGCAACUUACUGAAUCUAAAGGUCAUAGCAUGGCACGCUUGGUAUGAACAGGGAAACACUGCGCUGGCCGAUGACUUAUUUUCUCCCGACAUGAAUCAGCUCAUACAGGAUAUUCACUGCUCAUCUGAAUACGCCUGGCUUCGACAAUGGCGGAAAACGAAGAAGUUGCUACAGAACGAUGUAGGCAGAAACCAGUUGUACAAACUUCCAAUGUCAUGGGGAAACUGGGAGUUCAAGCAGAAAAAUAUUUUUAUACCCAUUGACUGUGCUGCAAAGCCGUUCCCGAAAGGAUUGCACAUGAUUGACUUCAAUCAGACUGAAUGAGCCGAAUUUUCCCGGAAUGAGCCGAAGUGUACUGGAAAGAAAAGCAAAGUUACUCUGGAAAGCGCGAAGAAAGGGCUCAUUUUUCUGCAGCCUGCCACGUCACCUCUAAAAGCCCAAGAAUGUGCACAACAGAUUACGGAAAAGUGUUCGCCCCAUCCUCGUCUAAGAACGCCACUGGACUGUUUCAAAUACGGCGCCCGGUCUCUUUUUGCCAGGCAGUAUUAUUCUAUGACAUGCACUAGCAAUAUUACCAUGCGGGAGCUGCAAGAACUAUCUUCACAGUUAUCGAGGCCGCGCGUGCGUGCUAUCCGCGUGACACUAUACGAUGGAAGUUCUAUUGUCUAUCGAGCGUUUUCUCCCAUUCAGCAUCAGGUAAUUCAUUUUCAGCUCAGCAACUGCACUACGUCACGCGCGACAAGUAAAUUAGUUUUCCUGGAUUUUAUCAACCUGGUAGAAUUAGACUUCACUGUAUGGUAGAAUUAGACUUCACUGUAUGGACCUCGUGGUGCGGCCGCACGAUUUGCCACCGUAUCGGGUCUUCAACGUCUCAUGUUUCGAUUUUCUACCAUUUCCGAAUUAACCAAAUUCACAUUCAGCAGUCUCCCGAGUUUGGCUGUUUUAUCGCUAGAAUUCGACAUGCACAGCGAUAUUCAUUCAUUGACGGACGGAAUGCAGUCGUACUUGUACCGCCUACACUGCGAAUGCGAGUUCUCUGAAUUUCGCUCGUGGUGGAAAACGCAAGUUGAUGUGGCAGGUCCCGAUAAUUUAUUAUCCUAACCUAGCGUGUGCUCAUCGCGGAGUACCAGACUCCGGCUUCGUGGUCAUUCCCAUUACCAAUAUGUUCAAUCAAAGCAGUGCAAUGUGUUAUGAAAAGAAGCAGCUUUAUCUGUCAGUUGACUGCAGCGUGGAGCCGAAUCGCAAGAGUGGAAUGCAGAUAAAUUUCCAUCAAAAGGAAUUCUCUUUGAAUGAAACCGGUAACUGCAGUGCAACCGCAGGUUCAACCCCACUAGGCGACAGUAUCAUGGAUAAUACAAACAGUUCAAGCGUUUUCCUGCCUGAAGAGGAAGAGAAGAAUGGUCUGUCUUCGGCAACCAUUUACAAACAAGAAUUAAGUUCCCGUGUCCAUGAACGUAUCAUUAAAGAGAAAAAGUCCGAGUUCACGGCGUCGGCUCAGGAUCGAAGCGGAAUGCUGUAUCAUUACGAUGACCAGAAAGUUUCUCAAUUUAACCAUUCCACUACCGGGCAUUUGGAUGAAUCGAAUUACUGGCCUAAUAACGGAAAACGCAUUCCGUGGACUGUCAGCGACGAAAUCGGUCAGCCAGAUAAGGAAAUUAUUCACGACGCUGUGCAAGCUAUCCAAACCCAGACUUUCCAUUGCAUUACCUUUACUCAACGGACACUGGAACAUGAUUUCAUAUCGUUUGAACUCGGACGCAGAUGCGAAUCGCAUGUUGGCAGACAAGGCGGCCGACAAAAGGUUACGCUCACACCAGCAUGCAUGGUGCGUGGCGUCUUGAUGCAUUUAAUUAUGCACUCACUCGGCUUCUUUCACGAACAUCACAGAACCGAUCGUGAUCAAUUUCUGAACAUCUACAAAAACCACACUGCGAUGGAUGUUCCGGAGGACACGUUUCGGGUUCUGAGCGCAAUGCCGCUGCACGGAACGGAAUACGAUCUGGAUUCCAUUCUGCAUUACGGAGCGUACGAUUUAUCCAAUCAAACGGACGCAGAUUAUCCUGUUUUCGUCCCAAAAACAAGGAAAAAGGUGAAAAUGGGCCAAAGACAACUUCUCAGCGACAAAGACAUCGUAAAACUGCACACAGCGUAUAAUUGUACGGUGGACGAAAAAGAGAGAUUUAUGGGAAUCAUGCCGGAAUUUACGAUGGCCAACAAAACGGCUGAUCAAUGCUCGAGAUUAAGCAGGUUGGGGUGCUCAGAAAAUCCUGUCACUGAAACAUGCAUGAACGAUCGGCGUUUUGCAGUCCUCUGCUCACACAACACAUCCACACGACAAAUAAAAGAUCUAGUGACAUUAACAACAGAAAAGCCCCUGCGUGCGGUGACCUUGGCACUGGGCUACAAUCUAGUAUAUCCUAAGCCCUACCUGUUUUGGCCGGUUAGCAAACAAGUUAUACAAUUCGUAAUGGAAGAGUGUACCUGGCAUGCUAAUGCGACUAGAAUCUUCCCUGCACUGCGCUUCGCCAAUCUGCUACACCUUGGCGUAAAACACUGCUUCUGCCUUGUGCUGCAGCGUAGCGAUUUCGCCGGAUGGAAGAAGCUGGUCAUGGUGGAGUUUGUCGGCGGUACCAUUUGGUCCAUGGAGCCGGGGACCUUUACUAACCUACCUGCUUUGAAAAUCCUUAAUGUAGAGAAGGAGCCCCUGGGGGUGCUACAACGUCAGCAAUAUCCGUAUCUCGUCAGGCAACACUUCCGCGAGUUUGUCUACAGAAUACACUGCGCUUGCGAGUUUGCCCAUUUUCGAGCAUGGAGGAAGAGCAACAAGAACCUGCAAUCAACAGGCCGCCCUGGAGAAAUCUAUCAUGUGCAGGGAAUAAUUGUAAAUCGGGAUAUUACUCCGGAGACGUACCAAAUGUAUAUCCCCGUCAACUGCAGCAUGCUGCACUUCCUCCAGAUACCGGAUCGAGUUAAUUUCUCGCAAACAGUGUUCGGUGAAUGAAAAAGCGUGCAAGGAAGGAGAUGGCUUGCCACCCGUCAGUUCUAAUUUAUUUCCGCCAGGAGAACGGCUGACUGAGUGUUACUGUCCACCACGAUUGUGUGAGCCGUACAGUGGAUGAUAAAAAUAAGUUAAAAUCGGCCGGUCGGUGUGCGGUCGUGUAUCAAGUAUCAUCUACCUAUUUUUUGUCGUGCAUAUCAAGUUCGAU